GAUCUACCCCAUUCCACGCUCCUCUCAAAACGUCAUGCGCUCAACCUAAUCAAUGGAUCCUUCAUGCCUCUGACCUAUCUCACCGUAACCUAAUAGCUGAAUCGUUCAAUCGAUCUAAAUCACUCAAUCCCGUUGCAUCUGUUGGUUCUUUACUUCGAUUUUCACAACCAAACCACCGUUUAAGGCACACACCCUGGUUCUGAAAGUGCGAGAUUUUGGACUUGAAUAUGGAUCAAUUUGGGGGAGGAAACUGGAAUUUGAUCCCAACCAUGGCUGCCCACAGCAACCCUACUACACCAUCCAAUCAGGAUCAUCUGUAUCUCCAGCAACAGCAACAGUUUCAACAGCAGCAGCAGCAGCAGCAAUUUCAUCAACAAUUUCAACUGCAACAACAGCAGCAGCAGCAACGCUAUCAGAUUUCUCAACAACCACAACAGCCACAGCCACAGCCACAGCCUUCACAAUCACUUGCUUCACAUUUUCACCUCCAAAAUUUGGUGGAGAAUUUAGCGGAUGCGAUUGAGAAUGGAACUCGAGAUCAGCAUUUUGAUACACUGGUUACUGAAUUGAGCAGCCACUUUGAGAAAUGCCAGCAGCUCUUGAACACUAUAUCAGGGUCUAUUGCCACCAAAGCUGCGACCGUGGAGGGACAAAAACGCAAAGUUGAAGAAGCUGAACAAAUGCUAAAUCAGAGAAGGGAUCUGAUUGCAAAGUACAGAUAUUCUGUUGAAGAACUUACGAAGCCUGACCUGUAAGAUUCGAGUAAGAUUGUCGACUUAGUUGUUGUUUGCUUGUGGCUUACUGAUCUUAGACUUGCAUUACUAUGGCUGCAAAUUGUACUUCAAAUCAAAUUUAUCUCAACAUAAAAGCAUUAAAAUGAUAUUUAACAGUUCACUCAAAUUGUUCUGCUGGUC